AUGGAUAGUUUCUCGACGUUGCUUCGGGCGUCGAAGCUUGCCCAAGUGGCCACCCCUAUAUCGAAGCUGAUCCGUGGUGGGAGUCAACAAAUCCCAACUCAUCAAGUCAUUUACACCCCCAAGGCUGCGGCCGUGAGAUCUGAGUUCGGUAUCAAGACGACGCUCCCUAAACAGAUCGGCUACUCCCACAUAUCCUUCAACAACAUCGACAACAAGACUGGCAUGCCCGAUGUUGAAAAGAACACCUCCAAGAUGUACCUGCGAGUGAGAUUACAGGAAAACAAUAUCAUCCCCAAAGUUGACAACAAGCUGGAAAAUCCUCUUUUCCGUCGCCCCGAAAAGCAAAGCACCAAGAAAAACGAGUACGAAUCGCUUCUUUUGGGUUUCAACUUGCACCCCCGUGCUUCGGUCUCUCAAGUUAAACAGAUUUUGAAGGCUAAUCCCAAGUUACACGGUCAAUUCCAAAAAUGGUUGGCCGAGCACCAUCCUCAAGUCUACUUGACUAAGAACAAUGCUGAUAUUGCACGGCUUGUUUCCCAAUUUCUCCAGGAGAACCCCGACAUUGUGAAGUCCAAGUUGGAACUUCAGCAAUUGCGUAAGGACCAAAAUGGUCGCACGUCGCUUUCUGCCAACGCCAAGCAAAUUCAAGGCACUGCUGGUUUGAGUUACGCUCAACCGGGAAGAUUGACCAACACUCCCAACGGUAUCAAGUACCACACAGUUGUUCCCGGUAGAUUGGUUGAAAACAACACCAUUGCCAUCGCUGGUUUUACCGGUGGUGUCCUCGAGCGGCAAGUGCAAAAGCCAGCUCUGUACGCUAGCAAUGUUCCCGGUCACCACUCGCGUCAAUUCACUAUGCCUUUUAAGGUGACUCUGGCGUCGAUGUGGGAUAACGGUUCCGUGUCUCUCAACGUUGAGUACGUGAAGGUGGGUGAUUGGGUUUCCUCGCACCUGGCUCGUAGCAAUGGUCAAAAGCGAUUUGAACCCCUGAACCCCAUGUUCGACUCAGUUGCUGGCAGACACACUUCUAAGGAAGACCCUCUUGCCCGGUUGUUAAACGUUGUUAACAACUGA